CUUCUUAAGAUUUCAUUCUCUAAUCUUUUCUUCACUUCCAAUGUGCCAACCGAUCAACAACAAGCUCAGCCUCUCGGUGGAACCCCCCGAAAAACUCUCAGGGUGUCUUCUACUUUUAAUAUUAGCAUUGUAAUGAUAAUAUUCUACUUUAAUUUCUCACUUCAAGAUCCAAUAAAGCUCUGACUGUGCGGGCGCGACGGGGCAUGCCAUUGUCAAACACAUUUCCACACGAAAACUAUCUUCAUCACGCAAGGUAUCUCAGAGAGAUUUUAGAUCGCAAAAAUGAGUUCGGCUGGGUCGUCGACAAAGCACCCUUUCACGCGACAGGUUGAGGAACUUAAAAUGCCCAAAAGUGAUAUCAACGCUUUAAUACUCGACUAUUUGACGGUUGCUGGCUAUCCUAAUGCUGCAGCAAAAUUUUCAACCGAGGCGAACCUGCCGCCUCAACAACCCUCCUCCAGUAUCUAUGCAAGACAGCAGAUUCAAACAUUUAUCCAUAGAGGGGAGAUUGAGAAUGCUUUGCGCGCUUUAAACGACCUUGAUCCUUCGAUACUAGACGAAGAUGAGCCACUCCACUUCGCACUUCUUCGGCUCCAACUAGUGGAAUUAAUCCGGAAUUCUCGGCCAGGCGGGGACAUCGGCCCGGCCCUGGAAUUUGCGCAAACUCGAUUAGGACCUAAGGCUCCGCGCACGCCGCAGUUCCUGGAGGAUCUUGAAAAGACGAUGUCUCUUCUCGUGUUCGACCACGAUAAUCUAGAUCCCACCCUGUCGGCGCUGCUUCGGCCAAGUCUUCGACGGGAGGUUGCUGACAAAGUCAACAAGGCAAUCUUGGAACGUCAGAAGCAACGAAGGGAGACUGCCAUUCGUCAAUUAGUACAGAUGAGAGCCUGGAGCGAAGAAGUCGUUCGUCAGGAAGGCAAGAAAGACCUUCCUUAUCAAAUCGAGUUAGGCUUAGACGGCGAUGACUCUCAUCGGUUUGGAGGCCACGAAUCAAUGGUCAUCUCACAGUAAGUCGCUGACGUGCUCGAUAAAUUCUGACCCUAUGGUUCCGAUUGAGACACUACGGAAUGAGGUGUACGAAGUGAAUGCGUAUUAUUUUGGGUGUUCUUGAGUUUUGUUCGGCGUUAUGGAAUUAAGGAGAGGAUCCGGAGUUAGACGUUUAUCGGUUUUGAGCACAUUAUUACUUGUCAGGCGUAUAAGGUAUGAAGUUGAAAGUACUCAACGGAGGUCUCAACCUAGACACAUAAAGGGAUGUUAUUAUCGCUCAAGGCAUGGUUCACAAUGGAGUUCAGGGAUCAAACAUGAUGAGAAUUAGGGUCAUGGCCUGGCAUUAUGGCCAGAAGUACUCGAGAUACCACUUUCUAGCAAUAUAUGUACA